CCCAGCCCACCAACACCGCCCCCCUCACCAACAGCACACUUGUCCGCCCUGCCUCAGCCAUUCAACAGCCCUGGGCCCCUGGAUGAACGGACAAUGCUGAGUUAAAUUAGGCGCCGCAGCACGGAGCAGGUGUUUAAAAGCCUCUCUGAGGUGGAGGUAAGCAGGCGGGGAGUCGUGAGCGUUAUCUCCCCAGCCAGACACGUCAACCCUGGAGAGCGGAGAGAAGAAAGUGGGAACCUUAGUGUGGGUGUGAGGGAGAGAGACAGACAGAGAGAGAGAGAGAAAAAAAAACUUGCCAGGCCAGGAGUUCUUUGAUAGAGAGCAUGCGUCUGUUCUUAUCUGAAAGUCAAAGUCUUUUGGGUGCGAUUCUGCUGUUAGGAGGAUUAGUGCAACAGCCAGGGAACAGCGUGGGCGAGAAACAGUCAGAGAGUUCUGCUGCGAAGUCCUGCGCUGUCAUCUGUACUCGCACAGACCGACGCUCAGAACAGCGUGGCAUCAGCGUGCCCGUAUGAUCGUAAGGCUAAGACUUUGGAUCAUUUCGGAUUUGUGCCAACAUCACCAUCUUAUCUCUUCUUAACCUUCCACGGACCUGUUCAUUGCACUUUUUUAUACACUUUCUCCCACAAAAAAACAAUCCAAAGAAAAGCUGAAUUGAUGAGUAAACAGCGGACGCCUCGGAGCACAUGAACUAAAAAACUGCAUUUGCCAUGUGAUGGAGACAGAGGCCAACAGAUGGACCUUUAAAACACUCAUCGCCCUGUUAGGAAACACAUUUGGAUUAUGAUACUUGAGAUGCUUUGAUGAAGAAGAGCAACCGAGAAACAGCGUUUCACAGCCGGUGAAACCUCGUCAGAGACACGCCUCUCUCUCUGAGCUGGAGCUGGAGAGAGGAUUUGUAUUUCUGUGAAGAAGGAGCAGCCCAAUAAACCUCCACCCUGUGGCUCAGGGUGGGGCUUCCCCAUUGCAACAGACAAAGACCUGGAGACAGAGAGAGAGAUAGAGGUAGAAGGAGAGCGAGAGAGAGAGGCACCUAAUCUUCUGUGUGGUGAUCGGUGACCUCCGUGGUCAAGCACCAGCUUAAGGUCACAAUGGGGUGCAAUAUGUGCGUGGUGCACAAGCCAGAGGAACAAUACAGGGUGAUGUUCCAGAAGGGUCAGAUAAACAACAUGCUGUGCUCUUUUGACGCUGAGGGGCGCUUGAAGAUGAACGGGAAGGAGCUCUCCCGUCUCUCGCGGGACCCCACCCUGGACCUCCGGGACCCCGUGCUGUCCAACAUCCUGCGGCGGGGCGGCGCCCGCCGGAGGGCCGAGGGCGGGGCCCUGCUGGCGGGCUGCGGGGCCCCGUUCGGGGGCCCGGCGGCCCUGACCAUGGGCAUGGCCGACUGCGUGGACAGCUGCACCCAGACGGACAUCAGCUUCCAGCAUAUGUUGACCCUGGGCAAGAGCAGCCUGCACCCCUGCAGCGGGCCGGCCCCGCCCCACCCGCCCCCCUCGCCCCCCCUCCCCCCCGCUCUGGAGCCCUACCUGCUCAACGAGCUCUUCAUAGAGCCUGAGUACUACGACCCCAACGACUACUUUGACAUCAGCCAGCACGAGGUGGACCGACAGGACGAGCUGGAGUAUGAGGAGGUGGAGCUGUACAAGUCCCGGCAGCAGGACAAGCUGGGGCUGACGGUGUGUUACCGGACGGAUGAGGAGGAGGACCUGGGGAUCUACGUGGGAGAGGUUAACCCCAAUAGUAUUGCAGCAAUAGACGGACGCAUCCGUGAGGGCGAUCGAAUACUACAGAUCAACGGUGUGGACAUCCAGAGCCGAGAGGAGGCCGUGGCCAUCCUCACCAGAGAGGACAGCACCAACAUCUCCCUGCUCCUGGCCCGGCCCGAGAUCGAGAAUGAUAACCAACUGGACCAGGACGAGCUGGACCUCGAGCCGCUGGACAACGCCCUCCACCUGCCCAGCCCCCAGAGCCUGCGGACCGCCGGCAACCCCGCCCUCUCCGGGGGCCCCGGCGGCGUGGGGGUGGCGGGCGGGGGGCGGGGCCGCUCCCUCAGCCGCGACUCCCCGGGCCUGCUGCUGCACACGGUGCUCAGCAACAGCCAGGAGCUGGACAGCGGCGUGGGCCGCACCGACGAGAGCACGCGCUACGAGGAGUCGUCGGAGCACGACCUCCUGGGGGACGACCACACCAGCGCCUCCAACACCAACGCCACCAACACGCCCGGCAGCAUGCGCAAGUUCAUCUCGGGCUGCGGGGACACGCCGCCGCCGCCGCUGCCACUGCUGUGCUCCCAGGACCUGCAGUUCAGCACCGACUCCCUGCUGGGCCUGGACGCCCCGGAGAAGGCCGGGCCGCGCGGCGGGGAGAGGGGCUACGGCGCCGAGGACCCCGUCGGCGUGAUGAUGAUGAUGCCGGGGCUGACGGAAGAGGAGUGCGAGCGGUACCGCGAGCUGCUGGAGAUCAAGUGCUACUACGAGAGGAACAGCAAGGCGCUGAUGCUGCUGCAGCCCGGCGAGGAGGGCGGCGUCGGACCGCUGGACGUCAACAUGAACGAGAGCCUGAUGCAGCACGAGAUGGCCCUGCUGGAGGAGGAGCUGCGCCACCUGGAGUUCAAGUGCCGCAACAUCCUGCGGGCGCAGAAGAUGCAGCAGCUGAGGGAGCGCUGUCUGAAGGCCUGGCCCCUGGAGGAGGAGAAGGAGGACGCGGGGCCCGCCGGGGGCCCGCUGGGGGCCGGCCGCCUGGGCUCCCUGGUGGGCGAGGAGUCCUGCCACCACGCGCUGUCGGACAUCAACGAGCUGCCGGAGAGGGAGCGCUCGGACAAGGACAGCACCAGCGCCUACAACACCGGCGGGGAGAGCUGCCGGAGCACGCCCCUGGUGAACGAGCAGCCCCCGUCCCCCUCCACGCAGAGCCUGGACGGCCCGGAGCCCGCCCCCCCGCCCGGCCUGCGCCUCUCCUCCUCCUCCUCCUCUCGCCACAGGGAGCGGGGCAGCAAGGGGGAGCGGCCCGACAAGGGACCGGUGAACCUCAACCAGACCUACUCCCCCAGCUCCCACCGGAGGGCGGCGGAGGCCAAGGCCUCCAGCCCGGCCGCUAAAUUUAGGUCCCUGUCCAGAGACGGAGGCGUGAGGAGGGGCUCGGACGAAGGUGCGAGGAGGAGCCCCAAAACGGCCGGCGCGACGGAGGGCCGGGCCGGCGGCCGCAGCGCCGAGAACAGCCCCUACCUGUCCCGGCGCCAGAGCGGCACCAAGCUGCCCCAGCGCUACCAGAGCUGCAUGCACCUGUGGUCCCCCUCCACCCCCGAGGGGCCGGGGGGCCACGGGAACCCCGGCACGGAGGGCGACGCCAGCCCCAUGAGCCUGGGCAGCACGUGCAAAGACGCUCCCCAGGGCCCGCCGGAACCGCCCCGGCACCUCCCGGGCCCCCUGCUGCCCGCCUCGCCCCGCAUGGAGUGGAAGGUGAAGAUCCGCAGCGACGGCUCGCGCUACGUGGCCAAGAGGCCGGUGAGGGACCGGCUGCUGAAGGCCCGCGCCAUGAAGAUCCGCGAGGAGCGCAGCGGCAUGACCACGGACGACGACGCCGUCAGCGAGAUGAAGAUGGGCCGCUACUGGAGCAAGGAGGAGCGCAAGCAGCACCUGCUGCGGGCGCGCGAGCAGCGGCGCCGCCGGGAGUUCAUGAUGCAGAGCCGCAUGGACUGCCUGAGGGAGCGGGAGAGGGAGCAGGGGGCCGGGGGCCCGCUGCAGGGCGGCGGGGACCAGCAGGGCGGAGGAGGAGGAGGAGGAGGAGGAGGAGGAGGAGGGGGAGGAGGGGGGGCGACGCAGCAGGAGCCCGCCUCCAUCCUGGAGCUGUGCCACCGCAGGAGCAUGAAGAAGAGGAGCCGCAGGAUCCUGGACAACUGGAUCACCAUCCAGGAGCUGCUGGCCCACGGGACGAGGUCCCCCGACGGGAAGAAGGUGUACAACCCCCUGCUGUCCGUCACCACCGUCUAGUGGUGGGGGGGCGGGGACGAGACCACCACCGAUGUAAGAGCGACCACAUGAAGGACUGCUAAUAUGUCAUUGCAUUUGUCACCAGCAAUAACCGCGAUGCUGUUUUUGGGGGAUAUUUGUAGUUCCUCCGAUUCAGAUCGGUGUUUGUUGGAUAUCCUAAAUCAGCAGGAAACCCACAGCCCUGCCAACACAACUGAAUAACAGAUGUUUAAAAGUGACCUGAACUUCCCUUUAGAUCUGAUACUGUAUGCAAGGGAGAGGAGGUCGUGAGAAACAGCGCCCCCUACUGCUGUUUAUCCGACAGGUGGGGAGGAAACCAGUGAUGGGAGAGUAAAGAACAAAAAAACAAACUCCGAUAUUGUUGGAAGCAUCAAUCCAUACUAGUGAACUGCUGAUUUAACUGAAAUGUGUUAUAAUUGCUUUUGGGCCAUAACGAUCAUCAUCUACACAUCGAGUGUAACCGUAGAGUAGAAUGUAGUUUAGGCAUUAAUGUAGACAUGCAUCAACAAGUGGUCUUUUUUGGGCUGAACCAUUCAGUGUGACUCCAUGACAAGUCACAGAAGCCUUUAGCUGAUCUAUCGUGUACACGGUGCCUUCCCGACAGGCAGUCUUACUGUACAGUAUGCAUUUUGUUAGACACACAUCAGGACAAGUCGCCACUGAAGAGCUGGGUAGUAACAAAUAACGAACCAACAGCACACUCGUGUUGGAGAAGGGCACAACGUAUUUGACAAGCACAGGAACGAACUCCUAUCGGGUACAUGCAUAGGACUAAAGCACACAAUUGAAGAAAAUGUGAUACUAUUUUCAGAACAAAAUUUCUCGGUAAUUUUUUAACCUGUCCGUAUGGUACAUUCUGAUAUAGUGGAAGGCAAUGCUGAGCCAUAUGGGGCCGUUUGUAAACAUGUAUUGCUGAAAAACUGUAAAUCUUUAUUUCUAAAUCUAAAUCAUAAAUAUACAUUUAAAUCUACAUCCUAAUUCUAAAUCUAUAUUUUAAAUCUCGAUCCUAAAUCCAUGCAACGCAUAUGCUUAUUCUCUUACAUAAUACUAAUUAGUUCUGAUUUCUAACCAGUCAUAUUUCGCGAGAGGCAUCCCUCGCAUUGAGCAGGUAAUGUGCGCACAUCUUACCCACAUCAAUUGGCUAUUUAUCUGGCAUUAUACAACGUGCCGUUGCAGGUGGGGUAACAGCAGCUCUGCUCUACAGACUUUGUUCACACGUCGCUUUGGCAUCGGUCUGCGGUCUGUAUCCGCAUUUCCUGCCCAAUGUAGCCUACGUGAUGCCUCCCCCGAUUAUAUUACUGGUUAGGAGAAGUCAGAACAUAAGCAAUUAGUACAUGCAUGACAAUAAGCAUAUCCGUUGUCUAGAUAUAGGAUUUAGAUAUAUUUGGAUAUAAAAUGUAUUAUUAGGUUUGGGAUUAUAUUUAAAAUGGUUCUAAAUUUAAAUAUUAAAACGUGAGAUUCAAAUUUCAGUGAGGUUUGGAGGGCUGUUUAUUUGCUGAAUUUAAGAAAAAUUAAGCAACGCUUGAGCUAAAUCUGUAACGAGUGAAGCACAUUUUUGAGCAGCAAGUUUACAAACGGCCCCACACAGAUCCAGGCUAUUUUAUGCUUUGAGUGGUUAUCAUGGUCAACUAUUUCGCGAUGUGAAAUUUGAAUUCCAAGUCAAUUAUUAUUUUCAAUCAUUCAAAACGCUUGUGCAUAUUGCAAACCUGAAGCUCUGGAAAAUGUAUUUAGCCUACAUCGUUUAGAAUAAGUUUGCAAUAGGAAUAGGAUAGAAUUUUUGUAAUCAUUUAUGUUGUUUCAGGUACCAACCUUAACUUUGUUUUCUACGACUCUUACUGCUGUACAUCUGGUGCCAUGGCAUUGUUGGUUCAUAAAUGAUUGCAGUAAAGCAAAUAAUUAUUUUACAUUUCACUUCGAUGCAUGUUUGAAAUCAAAAGAUUUUAUCUUACAUUUAUCCCGGAUUUAUGUAACUGUGGAGUCCCUGUAAAGGUGUUACUAGAAUAGAAAAUGUUUGUGCAGUUGUUCAUUCAAUAUUGUCUGUAAAAGGUCUGUCUGCUAUUCUAAUGUUUGAACCUUUUUUUAAAUAAAUUAUUGACUGUGAAAA